AUGAGUUUCAAUUUCUACUCGGGGCUCAGUACUGGCCGAUCGUUGUAUCUAUACUGGGGCAGUACUGGCUCACGACGGCUGGGCCAGUACUAUGUUCCAGUAUUGGACCCAAGUUAUCAUCCGAUACUUAGCCAGUACUGCGCCAGUAGUAUUUCCAAUACUGCACCAUUACCUGAACUGCGACAACCAAUACUGGCCCAGCACUGGGCCGAUUGUAAAACCCUGUAUGGAGUGCCGAGGGUGUGGACAAGGUCGACAGCCAUCGUCGCUAACACUGACGAUCACGACCGACCCGGGCAGCAUUGGGUCGCCUUCCACGUCGGCGAGGACGAUUGCUUCUGCGGCUUCGACGAAACUCCACCACACAUUGAUGGAAUACAACGGAACUUCAGGGAACGCUUUCUCAAACAUGCAGACAAUACUGCUGUGUAUUUUUAUAUUUUAUGUGCAGCGGUUAUAAUCUUUGUGGGUUUCUUAAUCAGUUUACCGAUGAUUAUGAACGCAACGAUUGUCGGAUUGUAA